AUGGCAACCUUUCUACUCAAACUCUCAACCAUUCUCUCUCUAACCAUCUUUCUACUUCCCUUCCAUUCUCAAACAGCCUUGUCAACCGGCCGCAUCCAAGACGACGAAGAGUACGUACUCGACAACCCGUUUGUCAACAACUCGAGACUGAGAGGCCGGUUCUUGACCACUGUCGUCAAGAAAGGCACACACUGCGACCCCGUCACCAACAAUGUGUGUGACGGUGUCUCGGCCAACAAUGGUACAAGCCUUUUGCACUGUUGCAAGACGCAUUGCCGCAAUGUUCUAAGCGACAAAAAUGAGUGUGGGCAGUGCGGGCACAAGUGUGCAUUUGGUGAGCUAUGCUGCAAUGGAAGUUGCACCAACGUUGCCAACAAUGAUGCACACUGUGGCAAAUGUGACACGGCAUGCUCGCCGGGGGUUAAAUGCGAGUAUGGUGUUUGUGGGUAUUCUUGAAUCACACCGCCACUUGAUUCAGGAAAAAAAAAAAAAGAAUCACACCACUUGUGUGGUUAAAAAAAAAAAAAAAAUUGUAGUUAGGGGAGUUUGGAAAUGGAAAUUAAGAUGGUUUAAUUAAUAAUAAGUGAUUUUUGGUUCAACCAGUUGAUAUGGUUUGGGCUGCUUGUUUUCUGCAGAGGAAGGAUAAUGCUUUGUAUCUAGAUUCAUGUUUUUGCCAUCCUCUAGUACUUCUAUAUAUACAUAGUUUUUUGUUUGUUUGUUUGUAAACAUGAGUUCAUGUUAUCAAUAAAAGAGAUAAUUUACGUUUUUCAUUGGCA